AUGUGGCUCCCAGUGGUAAUGGAUUUACGACUCCCCAUCCUCUGUUUGCUGAUAGUGGCAGAAAUAUCCGUAGGCUUGCGAAAUGUCCGUGUCACAGUACCGACGGCGGUGCGAAAAGGCGACUCGGCACACCUGUUCUGUGACUACGAGCUUGAAGACAAGGAACGACUGUAUUCGAUAAAAUGGUACAAGGGCAAGCGUGAGUUCUAUCGGUACACGCCACAGGAAAAACCAUCCAUGAAAGUAUUCACUGCUGUAGAUGUGGAGCGAUCGUUAUCGAACGAGAGUAACGUCGUUAUCAAAGCACUCGAAACGAACGUAUCGGGAAAGUAUAGCUGUGAGGUGUCGGCUGAUGCUCCAUCCUUUCACACAAUCAUAGUAUCUGGUGAUAUGGAAGUCAUAGAACCACCGCCGGAAAAACCAUCAAUAACGGGGCUGCAGGGCCGAUACCGACCGGGUGACAUCCUGCGGGGCAACUGCACCUCGAUUAAUUCUAAACCGCCUGCAAAUCUGACGUGGACGAUUAAUGACGUACCGAUAAUACCCCAGUACUACAAACAGUAUCGACCCAUCAAGGACACGCACACGGGCCUGGAAACAUCCAUUCUGGGCAUUAACAUUCUGGUUGCUCAUGGACACUUUGUUAAAGGAAAACUCAAGCUCAAAUGCCAAGCGACAAUACAUCAGAUCUAUGACGAGAGCAGCGAAUGGUACGUGGAAGAGGAUCGACCUCGAAUACUGGCGACGGGUUCGUCCAGCGGACACAAUCUUAAUCAAAUUUAUCAACAGUCGGUGUACGAUGGAGAGCUAACAGAUCAAAGCGAUAUGUACCUAACCGUCAAUGGAUACAAAGCGGAUAAAUCACCAACGUCCUCAUCGUCCGCCACCAAACAAGUCGGCGCGUACGUGAAGGUGGGUUGGAUUGCGUUCUACAUCUGCACCAUCUGCAGCGUACUGCUGUACUCGCUGCGAAUCGGCAUCUCCUGA